AGCAGCGACCUUCUUCUUCUUCUUCAACUUUUCGCUGCAUCACUCUGCUCUCUUCGUCCACUUUUCCUCCUCUUUUGGGUGAACGGGACGCCGAGAGCCAAAAUGGGAGAGUGGGAUGUGCUGGGCCGUCUGCUGGAUAAGGUGCAAAGCCACUCCACAGUCAUCGGCAAAAUAUGGCUCACCGUGCUGUUCAUUUUCCGCAUUAUGGUUCUGCGCACCAGCACCGACAAGGUGUGGGGAGACGAGCAGUCAGACUUUGUCUGCAACACUCAGCAGCCCGGCUGCAGGAAUGUCUGCUACGACCUCGCUUUUCCGAUCUCUCACGUGCGCUUUUGGGUUCUUCAGAUCAUUGCCAUUGCUGCACCAAAGCUGCUUUACCUUGGCCAUGUGCUUCAUGUGAUCCACGUGGAAAAGAAGCUGAAGGAGAGGAUGCAGAAGCAGGGUGAGCUUGACCAGGCCAACCUCUUCCUCAGGAGGGCCUUCAAAAUUCCUAAGUACACAAAAGACAACGGCAGGACCAGCCUCCGCGGAAGCCUCCUUCGCACUUACAUGAUUCAUCUUGUGGCCAAAAUAGUACUUGAGGUUCUGUUUCUGGUGGGUCAGUACUUCCUUUAUGGGUUCACUCUGGAAGCUCGCUAUGUCUGCACCAGCUUCCCCUGCCCUCACAAGGUGGACUGCUUCCUGUCCAGACCCACAGAGAAAUCAGUCAUCAUCUGGUUCAUGCUGGUGGCCGCCCUGGUCUCUCUUGCCCUCAGUUUAGCAGAGUUGAUGUACCUCUGUGUGAAGAGCAUCAAGGAGUGCGUGGCCAGAAGGCAGGACUACACCGUCACCCCGGUGACACCACCGUGCUCAAAGAAGUCUGUGAAAACCCAGGAUGAGGUGAUCCAGAACUACGUCAACUCUGAGUUGGAGCUACAUGGACGAAAGCUGCGCAUGAAUGGGAUCCCUGGAGGAGUGCAGGAAGGUGGGAACUUGUCGCCUGACACGAAUGUUGGGGAGAUCCACAUCUGAAGCUGAUGGUAGGGAGUGACGGUUUUUUCCAUUCCCUAAAAGUCUGCAUGUUGUGUGGCCUGGGGUGGGAGUGGGGGUGGGGGGUUGUGCUCACAGCAGGUUAAGAGAAAGGAGUGGGAACGGCCAGCUUCAGCAAACAGAACUCAUUCACGUGUAAAAUGUUGCUUUGAAUAAACCUCAAGUUAUACUUCUGGCAACAGCAGACAUGAUAAACCACAUUUA